AGAUCUCCAGUGAAUAAUUUUUCGAUCUCAACGUAAAUGCUCAGUGAAAAGUGUGUUAAAAUAAUGACUAAAAUGUUUAAAUUUCUAGUGCUAUGUGUGUUAAGCUUACAUUACACUGUAGUGAAUUGUCAAGAUAACUUCAGUCGACUGCCUGCUCCUGAUUACUUCAAAAGAGACAAUAUAUUUGAUUGCGAAUCAAGGUUCUACUCAACAAAGCCGUCAGUCAACAAGUUUGAUAGAAAAAUAAUUACCAUUAAAUCGGCAGAUUAUUCUAAAAAUUCUUGAAAUUUAUAACGAAAAUUUCAGUUGAUAAAAAUGAUCCGGCUGUUUUCGGUGGAUUUCGAGUAUUCAACGGUGAAUAUCAACAUAUGGCCGCUAUUGGAUGGAUGCUGGAAAAUAAAGUGCAAUACCUGUGUGGAGGAACGUUAAUCACGGAAAAAUUCGUUCUUACUGCAGCUCACUGUGUGAUACCGAUUGAAGGAGUCCCGCCUUCCAUCGUAAGACUGGGUGACACCGACCUCGGUAACUCGCAGUACGACUUUGAGGCGCAGGAAUUCUCAAUUCUGCGAAUCAAAAGGCAUCCGCAGCAUCGAUUCGCCCAGCGCUACCACGAUCUAGCUCUAAUUGAACUGAACGGAACCGCCCGAUUUACUCAGGAAGUUUGUCCGGCGUGUCUGUGGCUGGAAGAUGAAGUCCCCAAAGGGCCGUUGUUUAUUGUAGGAUUUGGCGAGAAGGAAUUCGGUGGAGGACCCAGCGAUACGCUUCAACAAGGACAGGUUUCGCCGAUGCCGCUGGCUGAAUGUGUAGGACUGUUUGAAAUCGAUCGAAGAAUUCCCAACGGGUUGAUAGAGAGUCAAUUCUGUGCGUCAAAUCCGGUAAUGGAUACGUGUCAGGGUGAUUCAGGAGGUCCCAUUGAAGUGCGAAGGAUCGACUUUGCAGAUCGUCAAUUUCCAAUGGUCGUUGGAGUAACAUCAUUCGGAACACCUUGCGUUAAUGGUUCAAAAGGAGUUUACACCAAGGUGUCCUACUAUCUGGAUUGGAUUGAGCGUGAAACUAAUGAGUCUUUCAGCUAUGACACAUGUCAAAAUCGCUGCAAUAUUAGACAAACGGGAGCAAAUGCCGUAGGGUAUGAGACCAUGCCAGGAAUAGUGCACCUUCUGAUCAAUGAAUCAGCUGAUAGCUUCUACAACUGCACUGGAGCAUUAAUUGAUGAUAGAUUUGUGCUUACGUCAGCAUCCUGCGCAAAAUAUUUGGAUAAGAAUGCAUCACACAUACACAUCCCUAGAAGAGAAGAAAUUAUACAAAUUGAUGAAAUUUUCAUUCAUCCUUUGUACAAAACCGGAAAUUUGUCGAAUGAUGUAGCCCUCAUAAAAAUGUCAAAAUACCUUGAGCAGAAUGCCACCAUCAAACCAGUUUGCUUGUGGAACAAGGAUUUGCCCGAUAAUGGAUCCUCCAAAUUUGUGCUGAAAUCCAACACCCAUAAAGAUCUUAGGCCUGAUAAAUAUUUUACUAAAUCUUUUUGGGGAUCUGAUGAACAUUGUUUAGAUCAAGAGGCCGUCAAUGAGCUGUGUAUCGAGAAUGAAACUCCAUUCAUUCCUAGCAUUUGUGAUAUAUUACCUGGAGGACCAAUCCUGGAUAGUCGAGAUGGAUAUAUACCAUUUUUGUAUGGAAUUGUUUCUCAUAAAAGUAAAGGAUGUGACCAGAGGCUGUACGGAUCCCGCAUAAGGCCACACUUGGAUUGGAUUGAAAGCAUCAUUUUUAAAAUGUGGCUCAACGAUGAGUACUUAUUCUCCUGAUUUAAAUUAAUUCCCAACAGAACAUACCAUCAUCCAUCACCUUUCAUUUUUAUAUUGCUUUAGUGGUAUAAAC